AACAUGUGAUGAACAAUGGGUUGGCGUACAUUUGGAUAUUUCUUUUGCCUAACAAGCGCAUUCAACUUCGUGGUUUGUCAAGUACUCACAGCAUGUCUUAGGGAUGAAACCCAGUAUGUCAAUAUAGAUCCAACAAGAGUACCAACCGCGCGCGCAUCGUGUAUCGCAUGUGGCGUGCUACACUUUAUCGCAAUGGUAAUAUCAAUCGCGUACCUUAGGGGAUAUAUCAAAUAUAAUCCGUUCAACAGCACGAUCCGAUACCUGCGCUCAGCUGCGGGAUUAAGCCCUGUUACAGGAUCGAUGAGAUACCGCAAAAUUACAGAAAACGGUACAUCAAUGCCAGAGUGCUCUGAAGAUGUCGAGACGGACAGCGAAUCAGAGUAAUAACGCAAAGGGCAACACAAUUUUU